CAACUAGAGAAAAGUAUACAAAAGCAGGCUGAUCAGGAUGUCGAACAGAAGUCCCAGAAACCAGAAGUAUCUGAGGUCGUAGCUGAGAAGAUAUCUGAAGAAAAGAUUGAGGAACCCAAGAAACCUGAAGUAAAGGACACUGAAGUUAAAUCAGAGAAAGCCGAAGCCUUGGAUAAACAAGCCCUGGAAGAAAAGCAACUUGAGAGUAGUGCACAAAAGCAAGCUGAUCAGGCUGUCGAACAGAAGUCCCAGAAACCAGAAGUAUCUGAGGUCGUAGCUGAGAAGAUAUCUGAAGAAAAGAUUGAGGAACCCAAGAAACCUGAAGUAAAGGACACUGAAGUUAAAUUAGAAAAAGCCGGAGUCUUGGAUAAACAAGUCCUGGAAGAAAAGCAACUUGAGAGUAGUGCACAAAAGCAAGCUGGUCAGGCUGUCGAACUGAAGUCCCAGAAACCAGAAGUAUCUGAGGUCGUAGCUGAGAAGAUAUCUGAAGAAAAGAUUGAGGAACCCAAGAAACCUGAAGUAAAGGACACUGAAGUUAAAUCAGAGAAAGCCGAAGCCUUGGAUAAACAAGCCCUGGAAGAAAAGCAACUUGAGAGUAGUGCACAAAAGCAAGCUGAUCAGGCUGUCGAACAGAAGUCCCAGAAACCAGAAGUAUCUGAGCUCGUAGCUGAGAAGAUAUCUGAAGAAAAGAUUGAGGAACCCAAGAAACCUGAAGUAAAGGACACUGAAGUUAAAUCAGAAAAAGCCGAAGCCUUGGAUAAACAAGCCCUGGAAGAAAAGCAACUUGAGAGUAGUGCACAAAAGCAAGCUGAUCAGGAUGUCGAACAGGAGCUGCAGAAACCAGAAGUAUCUGAGGUCGUAGCUGAGAAGAUAUCUGAAGAAAAGAUUGAGGAACCCAAGAAACCUGAAGUAAAGGACACUGAAGUUAAAUCAGAGAAAGCAGAAGCCUUGGAUAAACAAGCCCUGGAAGAAAAGCAACUAGAGAGUAGUGCUCAAAAGCAAGCUGAUCAGGCUGUCGAACAGAAGUCCCAGAAACCAGAAGUAUCUGAGGUCGUAGCUGAGAAGAUAUCUGAAGAAAAGAUUGAGGAACCCAAGAAACCUGAAGUAAAGGACACUGAAGUUAAAUCAGAAAAGCAGAGCCUGGAUAAACAAGCCCUGGAAGAAAAGCAACUUGAGAGUAGUGCACAAAAGCAAGCUGAUCAGGCUGUCGAACAGAAGUCCCAGAAACCAGAAGUAUCUGAGGUCGUAGCUGAGAAGAUAUCUGAAGAAAAGAUUGAGGAACCCAAGAAACCUGAAGUAAAGGACACUGAAGUUAAAUCAGAAAAAGCCGAAGCCUUGGAUAAACAAGCCCUGGAAGAAAAGCAACUUGAGAGUAGUGCACAAAAGCAAGCUGAUCAGGCUGUCGAACAGAAGUCCCAGAAACCAGAAGUAUCUGAGGUCGUAGCUGAGAAGAUAUCUGAAGAAAAGAUUGAGGAGCCCAAGAAACCUGAAGUAAAGGACACUGAAGUUAAAUCAGAAAAAGCCGGAGUCUUGGAUAAACAAGCCCUGGAAGAAAAGCAACUUGAGAGUAGUGCACAAAAGCAAGCUGAUCAGGCUGUCGAACAGAAGUCCCAGAAACCAGAAGUAUCUGAGGUCGUAGCUGAGAAGAUAUCUGAAGAAAAGAUUGAGGAACCCAAGAAACCUGAAGUAAAGGACACUGAAGUUAAAUCAGAAAAAGCCGAAGUCUUGGAUAAACAAGCCCUGGAAGAAAAGCAACUUGAGAGUAGUGCACAAAAGCAAGCUGAUCAGGCUGUCGAACAGAAGUCCCAGAAACCAGAAGUAUCUGAGGUCGUAGCUGAGAAGAUAUCUGAAGAAAAGAUUGAGGAACCCAAGAAACCUGAAGUAAAGGACACUGAAGUUAAAUCAGAGAAAGCAGAAGCCUUGGAUAAACAAGCCCUGGAAGAAAAGCAACUAGAGACUAGUGCACAAAAGCAAGCUGAUCAGGCUGUCGAACAGAAGUCCCAGAAACCAGAAGUAUCUGAGGUCGUGGCUGAAAAGAUACGUGAAGAAAAGAUUGAGGAACCCAAGAAACCUGAAGUAAAGGACACUGAAGUUAAAUCAAAGACAGCCGAAGCCUUGGAUAAGCUUACCUUGGAAGAAAAAGAACUGAAGGCUUGCUCACAGCAUUAUCCCAAGCCGUAG